AUGUGCGAUCAAAGACCCGUUUUUCUUGGGUCUCUCGUGUUGGGUUUCUUCCUCUUGUUUGUAAAUGGAGAAAAGUGUUCAAAUUCGAGCUCUUUGAUCGGGUACGAGUCUGAGUUCAAGAUGUUACAACACCAGCUUCGUGGGGUUUUCACCGUCGUUGAUGAUUGUUCGUUUAGGGUUUCUCGUUUCGAUAUGCUCUCUGGCUCUGAUGUUCAUUGGUGGGGUGCAAUGACUUCUGAUUUCGAGAAUAUGACUAAUAAUGGCUUUGUGAUCUCUGAUCAUGAGCUUAAUCAAACAUUCAAUAACCAAACUUUCAUUGUCCAUUUGCUGGAUAAUGUUACAUGGGAUAAAGUAGGUGUGGUUUCGGUUUGGGAUUUACCUAAUGCCUCUGAUUUUGGGCAUGUUCUGCUCUGGAAUACGACGGAACCAGAUUCGUCUUCUCCAAAAGCUGAGUCAUCUCCUUCAGAGAGCAAAGAUGUUGCUUCUGGGAAAUCGAAUAAAAGUGAGCCCUUUAAAGCUCCUACCAUGUUUGAUAAUUGCAAAAAGCUUUCAGAAAAGUAUAGGCUAAGGUGGAGUUUGAAUGCAGAGGAAGGUUAUGUCGAUAUUGGUUUAGAGGCUACAACUGGUUUACUGAACUACAUGGCAUUUGGUUGGGCUAAUCCGAAUGCUACGUCUAACCUGAUGUUGAAUGCUGAUGUUGUGGUUACUGGGAUUAGAGAGGAUGGUUUCCCGUUUGCUGAUGAUUUUUAUAUCACAAAGUCUAGUGUGUGCUCUGUGAAGGUUGGUUUUGCUUCUGGGGUUUGUCCUGACUCUGUGUAUGAAGAAGGAUCAGAUUCGGUUGAGUCUUCGGUGAAUAACACAAAACUGGUAUACGGGCAUAGGAUAGAUGGAGUUUCGUUUGUUAGGUAUAGGAGACCGUUGAAUGAUAGUGAUAACAGGUAUGAUUUUCCUGUGAACCCAACUGACAACCUGACGGUUAUUUGGGCUCUUGGGGUGAUUAAACCACCAGAUGUUAUUAAUCCUUACUAUCUCCCCGAGAAUCACGGUGGUGUGGAAUCAGAAAACUUUGGGCAUCUUUCCCUUAAUCUUUCGGAUCACGUGGAUGAAUGUUUGGGACCAUUGAAUGCAGACAAUAAGUAUGAUCAAGAUGUGAUCAUUGCUGAUGCCAAAACGCCUCUUGUUGUCACGGCUGGACCAUCUGUGCAUUAUCCAAACCCUCCAAACCCUUCGAAGGUGCUGUAUAUUAACAAGAAAGAAGCGCCGGUGUUGAAAGUGGAAAGAGGGGUUCCUGUAAAGUUUCAAAUAGAAGCAGGACACGACGUUUCUUUCUACAUAACUUCGGAUUUUCUUGGUGGUAACGCUUCUCUAAGGAACAGAACUGAGACGAUCUAUGCAGGUGGGCAAGAAACCCAUGGAGUAAUGGCGAGUCCGGCGGAGCUGGUUUGGGCUCCUAAUAGAAAUACACCUGACCAACUCUAUUAUCACUCGAUUUUUCAAGAGAAAAUGGGCUGGAAGGUUCAGGUUGUUGACGGGGGACUUUCGGAUAUGUACAACAACAGUGUCAAUCUAGAUGAUCAGCAAGUCAAAUUCUUUUGGACCAUAGUAGGGGAUUCAAUAUCGAUUGCAGCUCGUGGGGAGAAGAAAAGUGGGUAUCUUGCAAUUGGUUUCGGUAGCGAAAUGGCAAACAGUUAUGCUUAUGUUGGCUGGUUUGAUAGAAACGGAACAGGGCAUGUAAAUACUUACUGGAUUGAUGGAGCAUCCGCUUCCGCUGUGCAUCCCACAGUCGAGAAUAUGACAUACGUGAGAUGCAAAUCUGAAGAGGGAAUCAUCACGCUGGAGUUUACCCGUCCCAUGAAACCGUCUUGCAGUCAUCGAGAUAAACCCGAAUGUAAGAAUAUGAUCGAUCCCACAACUCCUCUUAAAGUUAUAUGGGCAAUGGGUGCUAAAUGGACAGAUAAUCAGUUAACUGAGAGAAACAUGCACUCGGUUACAAGUCAGAGACCUGUCCGCGUAAUGCUGACGCGUGGAUCCGCAGAAGCCGAACAAGAUUUAAGACCUGUCUUGGGCGUUCACGGAUUCAUGAUGUUUCUUGCUUGGGGAAUCCUACUCCCUGGAGGUAUAUUAUCUGCUAGAUACCUGAAACACAUCAAAGGCGAUGGCUGGUUCAAGAUCCAUAUGUACCUUCAAUGUUCUGGACUAGCCAUUGUCUUCCUCGGCCUCCUCUUUGCAGUAGCUGAACUUAAUGGUUUCAGCUUCAGUUCAACGCACGUCAAGUUCGGUUUCACAGCCAUAGUUUUGGCUUGCGCGCAGCCUGUGAACGCUUGGCUAAGGCCUGCGAAACCCGCUCAAGGAGAACCAAUCUCUUCGAGGCGAUUAAUCUGGGAGUAUUUUCACUCAAUUGUCGGUCAGUCAGCUGUUGUAAUUGGAGUUGUCGCGCUUUUCACAGGAAUGAAACAUUUGGGAGAACGGAAUGGGGCAGAAAAUGUGGACGGACUAAACUGGGCCCUCGGGUUAUGGGUCUUCCUAGGAGCGGUUACAGUGGCGUAUUUAGAGUACAGGGAACGCAGAAGAAGAAGAGCGAGGGAUCUGAGCAGAGGGAAUUGGGUAUUAGGGAAUGUAGAAGAAGAUGAUUCGAUUGAUCUUAUAGACUCAAGAGGAGGUUUCAGAGAUAAAGAUGAUCAAGAUGGUAUAAAUGGAGGAGGGAGAAUGGAAAUUCAGUUAGAGCCGUUGAAAUGA